AUGACUACUCUCACUACCUUGCCGAGCCGGCCGCUUUCUUCAAACACCCGAGAGCAGUUUGAACGAUACAAUCGUAUGGAUAUUCUUGGAGAGGGAACAUAUGGUGUUGUUUAUCGUGCAGUCGACAAAAUCACAGGACAAAUUGUCGCCUUAAAGAAAGUGCGAUUGGAUCGUACAGAAGAAGGAAUUCCUCAAACGGCUCUUCGAGAAGUUUCUAUUUUGCAGGAAAUUCAUCAUCCAAAUGUUGUGAACCUGCUUGAUGUUAUCUGCACUGAUGGUAAGCUUUAUUUGAUUUUUGAGUAUGUGGAUUACGAUCUCAAAAAGGCAAUUGAAAAGAGGGGCUGUACUUUUACAGGUGUGACAUUAAAGAAACUUGUUUAUCAGCUUCUUGAUGGUCUAUUUUUUUGCCACAGACAUCGAAUUGUGCAUCGUGACCUCAAACCUGCAAAUAUUCUUAUUACGAGUGAUAAUGUUCUUAAGCUCGCCGAUUUUGGUUUGGCGCGCACAUUUCAAAUUCCCAUGCAUACUUAUACCCAUGAAGUUGUCACGUUAUGGUAUCGAGCCCCAGAGAUCUUAUUGGGAGAAAAACACUAUACCCCUGCCGUGGAUAUUUGGAGUGUUGGAUGUAUUUUUGCAGAAUUGGCUCGAGGUAAGGUUAUUUUUCGCGGAGACAGUGAAAUUGGCCAGCUUUUUGAGAUAUUUCAAAUUCUUGGGACGCCAAUGGACAAUGAGGGAUCAUGGCCUGGAGUAUCUUCUCUUCCUGACUACCGCGAUGUGUUUCCCCGUUGGGCAGGAAAACCACUUGCUCAGGUGAUUCCGCAGCUCGACAGUGAGGCAAUUGAUCUUAUUUCACGAAUGCUCAAAUAUAGCCCCGCAGAACGGAUAUCUGCAAAAGAGGCAUUGCAGCAUUCGUGGUUCAGUGAAAUUAGAACGUAG